UCCAGAGAAAAAUAAUAUAGAUACAUUGGAAAAAAUACUAGCUACCAUGACAACAUUUUGUCAGAAAAUGGAGAAAAUAGAAAGCGAAGUACAGAUGCUAAAAAAGACAGCUAAUAGUCAGCAGCAUGACUUUAAACAUGUGGAGCUAAGUCACCAGGAUGACUCUAAACAUGCAGAGCUAGAAGGUGACGUUGGGAAACACCUUAAAACCCAUAACAAAAUGUUAAAUAUAACUGCAGGUAGCACAUCUACAGGAGGACCAACUACAAAAAAAGAAGAUGGUAAGACAAAACAUACAAAUACCAAUAUGAAUAAACUAUUCUGCAGACUAUACCUUCAAGAAUACACCCAAAAAGAUAUAUAUCCCCCUUAAGUAAAAUCCUACAAAAGCAGUUUGGAUUCACACAAACAAAUAUAUAACCAUAUCACGAGGACGUAUAUAGAAAAUAUAGACAAAAUCCAAACCUUUUUGAAUCUAAACCCAAGUGCUAAAAAUACCCAAAAUCCAAAUGAAGAUUAUAUAACCCAACACUUACAGGGAUAUAAUAAACUCAUAGCAAAACCAUGUACCAAUUCAAUUCUAGUAGCAACUUGCUACAAUUAUGGAUUUUUAAGUACUGUAUACACGAUAAUAGGUGAAGAAAUAGCUAAGAUACCAGAACUAUACAAAGCAUUUCUAAAUUACAAAAGAAUAACUAAAGGAAAUUUAUUUUAUAUUAAAAUUUACUCUGCAACUGCGGAAAUAUUAUACGACGAAAUCAAACCUAUAAUACAAGUUAUCAAAAUAGGUUUGACCAAAGAAAUGAUAAUCCCGGAGAAAAUAGAAAUACAAGAAGAAAUACAAAGGGUAAAUAUCCCAGAAUUCUAUGCAAAUAAAAGAAAUAUUGGGUUAGCUACCAUUUUCAAUGAAUUAUCAAAUAAUUAUCUAAAAAGAUAUUCAUUUUGGAGCUACUACAAUCGAGAUCAGACGAUGAUAUAUUCCAAUUGCAGAGAGCUAAAAACAGUAGAUAUGGAAGAAAUACGCCAAUGGAUACUAAGCCUGCUGAAACAAGAGCCGCUACCUAUCACAAGAGCUAUCAGAAAAAAUUUCAUUUCACAAAAUAUGAUGACUAGAUACUGUAAAUUAAUAGGCCAAAAGUACCCAGAUCAUACAUGCACAAAAUGUGACGGAGAAGACAACUACAUUCCAGAAGUAUAG